AUGAAUGGACCCGCCGCGGGCAAAACCGAUCGGAAAACCAUCUCGACCGUCACACGAGCCGUGGAGGAACUGAAGGCGGCAGCGGAUGAAGAUGAGGACCCAGACGCGAUCUUUCUUCUCGCGGAGAUGAACUUCUAUGGCAAUUUCACUCAUCCCCGCAACUUCAGCGAGGCAUUCCUAUGGUACAAUGACUUGGCGUGGCUUGAUGGCAACAGUACGGCCCAGUCCAUGGUUGGAUUUAUGUAUGCGACAGGGAUCGGUAACGCCGUUGAGCGUGAUCAAGCGAAGGCGUUGAUGUACCACGAAUUCGCUGCGGAGGGAGGAAACACACAAUCAGAGAUGACGCUGGCAUAUCGCUAUCACACCGGGAUUGGAACACCCAAAGAUUGCGAGCAUGCUGUCGCUUAUUAUAAGAGAGUGGCCGAUAAGGCGAUGGACUAUUUUCGGUCUGGCCCACCGGGUGGCCACGCCAUGGUCAGGGAAUCCUAUCGCUGGGCAGAUGAGGAGGGAGGCGUCUACGGCGAGGGGGCUAGUGUGUCAAGCUCUGGCCCCAACGCGAAGGACCAUAAUAAAGCUACUCAAGAGUCCAGCGUUGAGGAUGUCCUGGAGUUCCUGGAUCUUAUGUCCCGCAAGGGCCAGCUGUCGGCUACUUUCUCCCUAGGAAAGAUGAAUUAUGAGGGUGCUCGCGGCUUGCCUCGUAAUUUCUAUAAAGCCAUGAAGUAUUUCAGGCUCAUCACUGCCAAAUACUGGAAAAAGGAUGGCACCAUCAUGCAGAACCCCCCUGCUGGACUCGACAAGGUAGCUGCGAAAGCAGCAGGACAUAUUGGUCUGAUGUUCCUUCGUGGGGAAGGUGUGAAGCAGGAUUUCUCCCAUGCGCUGUUCUGGUUUAAGCGCGGCUUGGCAAAUGGCGAUGAUCUUUGCCAGCAUCAUAUGGGCUUGAUGUAUCUCCAUGGUUACGGUGUUCCCAAGGAUGCCUGGAAGGCCUCCAAUUAUUUCAAGUCAGCAGCCGAGCAGGAUAACCCGGCCGCUGAAACAAGACUGGGUGCGUUGUUCUUGGAUCAAGGCGACGUGGCUACUGCGGCUCGUUACUUUGAUAUUGCCGCUCGACACGGGUGGAUGGAGGCCUACUACUACCUCGCUGAGAUGGCCAACUUUGGUGUUGGCAGGCAGAGACACUGCGGUGUAGCUGCGGCGUAUUACAAGAUGGUGUCUGAGAAAGCAGAGGCGAUGCACUCAGCAAUUGCUGAGUCUAAUGCGGCCUACGAGGCUGGCGACAAGGAGAGCGCUCUUGUCCCUACAAUGAUGGCCGCUGAGCAGGGAUAUGAGAAUGCCCAGGCUAAUGUAGCCUACUUGCUUGACGAGCAGCGAUCCUUGGUUCCCUUGGGUGGCAUUUUCCCUUGGCUUCGCCAGGCCCGUUCCUCCUUACUGCAUAAUACCGCACUCGCAUUGAUUUACUGGACCCGAUCCGCCAAACAAGCGAAUGUCGACUCCUUGAUCAAAAUGGGAGAUUACUACCUUGCUGGCACCGGUGCAGUCUCGGAUGCCGAGAAGGCGUCCACCUGCUAUCAUAAUGCUGCAGAGGCCCACCACAGCGCCCAGGCUUACUGGAAUCUGGGAUGGAUGCAUGAGAAUGGGGUUGCUGUGGCACAAGAUUUCCAUAUGGCCAAACGAUAUUAUGAUCUGGCGCUAGAGACCAACAAAGAAGCCUACCUGCCUGUGAAGCUUAGUCUGCUGAAGCUGCGGGCUCGAGGCUACUGGAACCGCAUUACAAACGGCGACAUUAAUCCCAUCCGCGAUGAUGAAGAAGCCAAACCCCGCCGCAACUUUAGAGAGUGGCUCUCUGCAUUUAUUGAAAAUGACGAAGCUGCCUACUACCAAGAGCUCUAUGAAGCCCAUGCAGAGGAUGAAGACUUUAUGCGAACGCGUGGUCUGGAAUCGGACCACGAGGACGGCUACUACGACGACCUCGAGUUUGACAUUGAUGAAGGUAUGCUUGAGGGUCUGCUCAUUGUUGGAUUGGCAGCAACGCUUCUCGUGUUGGUCUAUAUCCGACAGCAGCAACAAAGGAACCGGCAGAACCAGAAUGCUGCGAACUUGGCAAAUGCAAAUGCGAAUGCAAAUGCGAACGCAGGCAAUGACCGGGGUCUUUUCCCGCAACCUGGUGAUCCUGAAUUUGGGCAGUGGGUGGCUGGGGGUGUGGGCCAUUGA